AUGGGGCUGAAGUCCCAAUCGGAUUUCGACAUCAGAACAAAGUUGCUAAGCAAGCUAGACACCGAAGCUGAUACACUCACACUUGAUGCUUUGUCAAAAGAGUGUCAACGUCUAAUAAACUUAAAAGCUGAUACAAAUCUUGUUGAAAAUCUGAAGGGCGAAGUCCAGGUAAGGCGCUUGCAUUCAAGUAAUGCAAAGAAAAAAUCAUUGCCUAAAACUCCGUGCUGGUUUUGCGGCGCCAUGCAUUACUCUCGCGAAUGCACAUACAGCAAGCAUAAAUGUGAGCAAUGCAAUACAGUUGGUCACAAAGAGGGCUACUGCUAUUCGAAGAAAAAUGGGCAAAACUCAAAGCAGAAGCGCAACAACAAAGGCAAAGGGUCCCACUUGCAGUCGAAAAGUAUUUUCGUCUCCAAUAAAAUCGAAUCAGCUCAACGCAAAUACGUCAGCGUUCUAAUCAAUGGCACGAAAUUGGAUUUGCAGUUUGACACUGCAUCGGACAUAACAAUAAUAUCGGAAAGUAAUUUCCAGAAGCUAAAUGUGUCAAACACAUCCGCAGUCGAGCAAUCAGCUCGUAGCGCAACAGGCGCCACACUGCCUCUGUCAUUGCAGUUUGAUUGCAACGUCGAACUCAAACAGCAGCGAGCAGAGCUAACAUGUUUCGUCACACCAAUCAAAAAUCUGAAUGUAUUGGGCCUCGACUGGAUUACAGCUUUCAACCUCGACAACAUGUCUAUCAAUGCCAUUUGCAAUAUGUUGGCAAUGGAAAAUCGGGGAAGUGUAACUCCUAAUAUGCAAUCACAAAACAUUUCACUUCUUAAGCAAUCUUUUCCAGAUGUGUUCGACGAAAAACUGGGCCUGUGCAAUAAAACAAAAGCGCACUUGGUAGUUAAACCCGACCAUAAACCAAUUUUUCGACCAAAGCGACCGGUAGCCUAUGCUAUACAGCAUCUCGUUGAGGAAGAAUUGCAAAGACUUCAAGACGUUAAUGUCAUCUCACCAGUCAACUACUCCGAGUGGGCUGCGCCGAUUGUCGUUACAAAGAAGUCCAAUGGCAGCAUACGCAUUUACGCCGACUUCUCAACAGGUUUAAACACCGCUCUCGAAACACAUCAGUACCCGCUCCCUCUACCUGAAGACAUUUUUGCAAAGCUAGCGAACGCUAAAUAUUUUAGCCAUAUAGACCUUUCUGAUGCUUUCCUCCAAAUUGAGGUAGAUGAAAGCUCAAAGGAACUUCUUAGAAUCAAUACGCACUUGGGUUUAUUCCGCUACAAUCGCAUGAUCUUUGGCGUGAAAACUUUUCCUGCCAUCUUUCAACAAGUCAUGGACAAAAUGCUUAUUGGUCUGGAAUACGCCGCAGCGUAUAUCGAUGAUAUUUUCGUAUCUGGAAGAGAUCAAAGCGAACAUGACAGGAACGUGCACGAAGUUUUGCGACGAAGUCAAGAUUAUGGGUUCAAACUCAAAUUCGCCAAAUGCAGGUUUUCAGUGACUGAAGUUAGGUAUCUGGGCUAUAUAAUUAGUCAAUACGGACUUCAGCCAGAUACGGAGCGUGUCUCAGCAAUCAAUGGCAUGCCAGAGCCAAACAAUAUCGCUGAACUGCGUUCGUUUCUUGGCGCCAUAGACUUUUACGGGAAGUUCAUAAACAAAAUGCGUCAGCUCAGAGGUCCAUUUGAUGAACUUUUGAACGCGAACACGAAGUGGCAAUGGACUCAAACUCAUCGAAAAUGCUUUAACAGUCUUAAAGAAAUACUUUCCUCAAAUCUGCUUUUGACGCAUUACGAUCCGCAAAAGAAAAUCAUCGUUGCAGCGGAUGCGUCAAACUACGGACUAGGGGCCUGCAUUAUGCAUGAGUUUCCCGAUGGCUCAGUCAAAGCUGUCAGCCACGCAUCGCGCUCGCUUACUCCUUCUGAAAAGGCAUACAGCCAAAUUGAAAAAGAACGCCUCGCAUUAGUUUUUGCGGUCACUAAAUUUCAUAAGAUGAUUUUCGGCAGAGCAUUUAAGCUUCAUACCGACCACAAGCCUUUGCUCGCCAUUUUCGACAAAUUGCCAGUUACGCACAGGAUGAUCAAGUACGAAUCAGGUAAAGACAAAAUUCUUAAACAUAUAUUUGAUUACGUGGAAACCGGCUGGCCAGCAUCAAAUAACGGUAACGUCGAAUUACAAGCAUUUUUAAAUCGGAAAAACGAGAUAAGCAUAAUCGAUGGCUGUAUCAUCUGGGGUCAGCGCGUAGUGGUACCACAAGUACUGCGCAAACGAGUUCUCAAACAACUACAUCGUGGUCAUCCAGGUAUCGAGCGCACCAAAGCAAUCGCUAGGAGCUUUGUUUACUGGCCACAUAUAGAUUCCGAUAUCGAAACAUUAGUACGAAAUUGUAACAAUUGCGCCUCAGCAGCAAAAAUGCCUACAAAAUCAACGUUGCAACCCUGGCCAAAGCCCUCAGCGCCAUGGCAGCGUUUACAUAUUGACUAUGCAGGACCAGUCAACGGUUAUUACUUCAUGGUAAUUAUUGAUGCCUACUCAAAGUGGCCAGAAGUAAUUCCAACUAAGUCAAUAACGACACAGCCAACAGUUGACAUCCUCAAUGAAAUUUUUUCGCGCUUGGGUCUCCCGUCAACCAUAGUAUCCGAUAAUGGAACGCAGUUUACUAGUGCACAUUUUCAACAGUUUCUAUUGGAGAACGGCAUUACACAUUAUCGCGAGAUUCGUCGAUACUUUCAAACGAGCUCUCAAAAAGCUAGAAGGAAGGGAACGACGAACCGAAACUUACAAGUUUUCUUGCAAUGCUAUCGAGCCUCACCAAACAAAAACAACACUGACAACAAGUCACCAGCUGAAGUUUUGCUAGGCAGAAAUAUCCGCACCAACUUAGAUCUGCUAAAGCCGAAAGCAUUGCGUGAUACUCAGUUCGAGUUAGUCCACCAAAAACAUCGUAUGAAGCAGCAGUUCGACCGGAAGCAUGGGGCUAAACAAAAGUCGUUCUGUAGUGAAGAUACUGUUUAUGCCUGCGUUCACACAAACAACAACAGCUUUCAAUGGAUGCCUAGAAAGGUAGUCGAACGUGUUGGCAAGGUGAUGUAUAACGUAUUACUUGACAAUCAGAAGCUCAUAAGAGCACAUGCUAAUCAAUUGCGCCAACGAUUUUGUGACAGUCCCGAGCAAUCUACGAAAAAGGAGAUGAACUCUUCAAAAAUGCUAAUCGACGCUUUCGGACUGUACGAAAAUGAGAAAAAUGCAUCUGUACAUUGUGGGAGUGGAUCAUCUCGUGCAACUUUACAACCUAAUAAUGCACCUGCAACGCAAUUCGAAGAUAACAGAGAUACACUAUCGAAUGAUAACCCUCUAGCGCAAUACGAAGAUAACAGAGCAACACCAACAAAGCGACCCCAGCGCUUACGCCGACCCGUGGAGAG